AUGGAUCUUAUUCGCCUGUUGGCGGAUCCAGCUCCGGUGGCUAGACUACAGCGCUUUUGUGGUGUUGAAUACGAUUCACCAAUUACCUGCGACCAACAUACGCAAACAAGGAAAGUGUCAAUCGGUUCAUCUGACCCCGUAAAAGAGGCUCAGGCAUCGAUUACACCGCCAGAAAACGGAUGUAAAGACAGUGCUGAAGUUCACAAUGGUGACACUAAUUGUAUGAAUAUCUAUCAAGAAUAUGAUUACACAAACGCCCAGGAGCCAAAUAAUAAUUUUUAUAAAAAGAAUAGACGUAAUUAUUUAAAUUCUGAAGACGAGCAAACAAAGUGCAAGUCACGGACCUACGCCCAGACCAACGGCUAUCAUGUUAUUUGUCAGGACAGUAAACAUUACAACGGUGUUAGCAAAACAGAUUGUAGCAACGGAUCUCUUGGUGAGUUUCCUAAAGCCGUCGAUGAAAGUAUACCAGAGGAGACUAAUAACCGGAUAGAUAGAGUUAAUACCCCCACAGUGCGGAUCAAAUACAAGUCGCUGUUUUAUUUGGCACGUUUUGGAGCAUUUCUUGGACAUGAAUUGUUUUAUCUGACGUUUUUUCCUUUCUUGAUAUGGAACCUGGAUUCCCUUGUUGUCAGACAGGUGUCUAUGCUAUGGUGUGUGGUGAUGUAUCUUGGCCAAGCCACCAAAGAUUACCUUCGCUGGCCUCGACCUGUCUGCCCUCCAGUUGUCAGGUUGGAAAUACAUUACUCACGGGAAUAUGCAAUGCCAUCUACCCAUGCCAUGUCUGGCACAGCGAUUCCUCUUUAUCUGGCUUACCUGGCCAUUGAGAGAUAUCAGGUACCAAUGUCUGUGGCUGCAGCACUAGCCCUUUGUUGGUUUUGUGUGACUUGUUGGAGCCGACUUUACCUUGGAGUUCAUUCCAUUCUGGACCUUCUUGUCGGAUUUGUGUAUGCCCUGGCAAUUUUUUUCACAUUUCUGGGCUAUGUGGAGGGAUAUGACUUGUACCAACAGACACACCCAUUUAGUGGUCCAGUCUUGCUGUUUACAGGUCUGACUAUGUGCACAGUGCUGUACCCAACCCACCACAAGAACUCUUCCAAAGCCGAUGCUGUGCAGAUUGUUGCUGCAUACACAGGUUUUGCUAUUGGAAACUGGCUCGGUUACCAGCUUGGAUACAUGCAAGAGUCAGACAUUUCAAAACCAUAUUCCAUUGCUGUACCCACUUUAUCGUGGUGUUUUGUGUCUCUCUUGAGGUUCAUUACUGGAGUAGCUGUUAUUGGGUUUUUACACACUGUCACACGCUGGUGGUCCAUUAGAUUCUUUUCCUAUAUAUACGGACUGGGUGAGCCAGAUAAAACCCAUCCUGGAGUCAUGAUGGCCUACAAGUUCACAACCUAUGCUACUGUAGGCUCUGGGGCUGCACUGUUUGCUCCUUUACUACACCUUCGGCUGGGAAUCCAUAGACCUGCUUUGUUCUAUGAGGUUUUAUGA